AUGGGCGCCACCACCUUGCUCCUCCUCGACCUGCAAAAUGGCAUAGUUGAGCAGGUCGGAGCUCCCCAGGCAUACCUCGAACGAUUGGCUACUGCCAUCUCUGCCGCGCGUGGCCACAAACUCAACGUCGUUCACGUUGUUACAGCCUUCCGCAAGGGCUAUCCCGAGAACAACCUGAACAAUUCCUCUGUCCCCGCCGUCGCGGCUCGUGGACUAUUCCAAGAAGGCGAUGACGCUGUUAAAAUCCACCCCGCCGCCACCCCGAUCUCCGAGGAACCAGUUAUUACCAAACGACGCGUCUCAGCUUUCUUUUCUACAGAGCUUGACAUGAUUCUCCGUUGCUCGAACACAGACCACAUUGUCGUCGCGGGACUGAUCACUAGCGGGGCUGUUUUGUCAACCGUUCGACAGGCUGCAGACCUUGACUACCGCGUUACCAUUUUGCGGGAUCUGUGUAUGGAUCGUGAUGAGGAAGUGCACAAUGUUUUGAUGGAUAAGGUGUUCUUCCGGAAGCAAAGUAUUGACACUGUGGAGAAGUGGGUCGCCGGGUUGGAGACGCCUAUCCCGGCCGAUAAAUAG